AUAAUCGACUAUUCCAACUACGUCAUAGCUUAGACGUCGACAAGAAAAUGGCCGAUCAUCAAAACUAGCAGCAACUAGACGCUAACUAGAAGACAUAAGAUUAUCUUCAGGGCACUGUUCUAACUUGGGAUAUGGGCAAAUAUAGGACUGAAGGAACAUUCCAAAAUCAAUGACCAGCUCAAGAACCUGUCUGCUUGAUCAACAAGGCUCUUCGUUAUUUCUAUAGUACAUUUUGAACAUCCAUAACUUUAUGUAAAUAUGAUAAGGAUGACUGUUAAGCUCUUCCUUACCAUGAUAGUGUUGGUACUGAUAAUGGUGGGUGCCAUGUACCAUUUCACACAAUCUGGGAAGUCUCCAAUUGCACGAAGUGCAGGGACAACAACAUCCCCUGGUGAGGAAGAAGAAAAUGACAGUCAGUUGUCGAGAUGGUGGCGAAAGUUCCAAGGAGAUGGUGAACCAGUACAGGUCAACAAUAGCGCACCUGUGACGGCUUCGUCACUGCAGCCAACUUGUAAAAGAGUGUGGCAGAAGGGCCGGUCGUCGUGGUUUGAUAGCAGGUUUGAUGAGAACAUCAGGCCUAUCUGGUCACGAGCUAACAUAGAGCUGCCUGCUGACGCCAGGAAAUGGUGGAUGACACUCCAGAGCAAAAAAGAUGAGGACCCAGCCCCCCUCCUGAAUGCGUUAUUUGACAUGGGAGCGCCGGAUAAGGACCCAUGGGCCACCCGUAACCUUACAGGGUGUCUCCGCUGUGCUGUGGUGGGGAACUCUGGGAACCUCAGGCAGUCCAACUAUGGGGAAGAGAUCGACAGAUAUGACUUGAUCUUCAGAAUGAAUGGGGCCCCAAUUAAGGGCUGGGAAAAGGAUGUUGGCUACAGAACCACCCACCAUUUCAUGUACCCAGAGAGUGCUGCAAACUUGCCAGAUGACGUCAGCUUUGUGCUACUGAACUUCAAACCUCUAGAUCUCAAAUGGAUGAGGACUGCACUGACGGAUGGGUCCAUUACUCGGACAUGGACACAUGUAAAAGGUAGAAUUCAGACGAACACAUCAAAGAUUCUGGUGUACAAUCCUGCUUUCUUCAAGUAUGUACAUGACAAGUGGACAGAGCAUCAUGGGAGAUAUUCCUCCACAGGCAGUUUGGUUGUCCUGUUUGCGAUACACGUGUGUGAUGAGAAGGCCGUUACCAAGGAAACCAGGUUCAAGAGGUUGUUUGGCUUUGACCUUGAGGAGCUGCAGUCAUGGUCAGGGUUUGUCCAGCUGCUCAAUCGGCCGGCCGACCCAGCAAACCUGGGGGUGCUCCGUUUUCUCUUUGGGUUUCUGAUGGUGCUGGACAUCAUGCAGGAACGCGGCAUGUCCAACUUGGACGUGCGGUUUGGGGACAUAGACAUGUGCUUCUUCCCUCUUUUCAACUUCCUCCAGCCACCCUACAUAGACUGGCUCUACAUCGUUUAUCUGGUCAUGUUGAUAGGUGCAUUAGGUAUCAUGCUGGGGUUUUGUUUCCGUCUCAGCUGCCUGUGUUUUCUGGGGCCAUACUGGUUCAUCUUCUUCUUGGACAAGACAGCGUGGAACAACCACUCCUACUUGUAUGGACUCACCUCAUUCCUUCUGCUGAUGUCAGAUGCAAACAGAUACUGGUCAAUUGAUGGUUUAUUGAACAAAAAGCUGCGGAACUCCCAUGUGCCUUUAUGGAACUACACACUACUACGCUUCCAGAUCUUCAUCGUCUAUUUCAUCGCUGGACUGAAGAAGUUGGAUGAAGACUGGGUGACCGGACACUCCAUGACCAAACUCUCCAAACACUGGGUCUUCUCACCUUUCACGCUGUUUUUGUCGGAGGAGUUUGUGAGCUAUUGGAUGGUUCACAUGGGAGGCCUGAUCAUUGAUCUGACCAUGGGAUACCUGCUGUUCUUUGACUUCACCAGACCAAUAGGCUUCUUCUUUGGAGGAUCCUUUCAUGCCAUGAACUCACAGCUCUUCCACAUAGGCAUGUUCUCCUACACCAUGUUGGCCACCCUGCCCUUGUUCUCCUCCCAGGACUGGCCUAAAAGACUGGUACACAAAUGUCCAGACAGGAUCAAGGUUGUCCUGCCACUGGACACUCCUGCACAGGACAGCAGGAGGUGUCUCUAUACUAGGGACUUGAAAGAGGAUCCACAGGCCAAGACGGGGAAACAGAAGAAGCCACCGACGAGACUGAUCCACCACCUGUCUGCUGUGUUUGUGCUGCUGUACAUGUCAGAACAGCUGUUCCUGCCAUACUCACACUUCAUCACACAGGGUUACAACUCGUGGACACAGGGACUGUAUGGGUACUCCUGGGACAUGAUGGUCCACACCUGGUCAGUCCAACACAUAAAGGUCAAGUAUGUAGAUGCAGCCACAGGAGAACAUGGCUACCUUAGGCCUGGGGUGUUUACAGCGUCUAGCCGUUGGAGCAGCCACCCUGACAUGCUGAAGCAAUACGCCACCUGUCUGCAGCAGAGACUACAGGAACACAACAUCUCCCAGCCACAGUUCUACUUCGACAUCUGGAAGUCCAUGAACAAUAGGUUCCAGCAGAGGAUGGUUGAUCCCCGUGUGGACAUCGUGACGGCUGAUUGGUCACCGUUCAGCCCCUCCUCCUGGAUGAUGCCACUAUUGGUCGACCUCACACCAUGGAGGGAAAAGUUUCAGGAGAUCGAGGAAACAAUGGCGAAUGAAACAGAAGUGGUCUUUGUGGCAGACUUUCCUGGUCUUGAGCUGGAAAACUACAUCAAUGAGGACUUUGAUAACGUCUCCCUGACUGUUCUGUUUGGAGAGGUCAGGGUGGAGUUCAAGGGCAAGGAGAACAACGAGAGUCUGAAGAACGUCACCUUGAAGAAAGAUGACAAACUGGAGAUUCCCUCUGGAGAGUUUCACAAUGUCCUGACCACGUCAGAAUCUCCCUCCUGCUACUUCUACAUCUCCACCAACCAGACGGAGGUGGAGUUCAACAAGAACAUGGCUGAAUAUCUGGAGAGACAAAAUACAUCUUCCUCCAGCACAGAUGAGAACACUGGAACAGGUAUCAAUGAGAGCUCAGACGACCCUCUGAUACAGAAAUACCAAAAAAUUGCAGAGAGAAAAAAGAGGAGGGAGCGAUGGAACACCCUGUCUCAGCUGGACUACUUUAAGGUGUGGGGAUUCCAGAAGUACUUCAUCUUCAGACGCAGUUUGCUGAUGGGUGGGCUGGCUGUGCGCAAUGUUGUAUUUGGGACUCCAGACGUGGAACAGUUGGCAAAGGACAUACACUGGGCCACAGGACACUUCAACCCUGAAACUUACCUGGACCAACUUGCAGGAGUUGAAAUGGUUGACAAUCCUGACAAUCCGUAAUACCGGUAUCCUGUACUACCGGUAAUUAAAUAUGCAUACUCCAAGGUGUAUGGCCAAAAUGAGUUCCUACAUUUUAUUAUCACCCGUUAGGAACAGUUUAAUGAUGGUUGGAGCUGGUCUAUAUUUUCAUCUAUGCUAAAAGAGGCAAAGUUACAACUAUUACUAAUUUAAUUUUAGUCUCAAGUUUAAUGAUCAUUAGGCACAUGCAGUGUUUAGGCUUAUCCAUUUGAACGUGGAACAUUUAACAAGCAAUACAUUGCUGUAGAUA